AUGUAUCUAGUGUCAUAUAUUUUUAUGUCGGCCAUUUUAGCAGCUCAUGCAGCGGCAUGGCUUCCUGGAGAGCAUCGAGAAAUUUACUCGUUGGAGGGAAUUAAUCUAUUCAACAAAACAAAACUGUUUAGUAACAUCACCUCCAACUCGACGAAGAAAUGGCUUCCCAGUUCCAGCAAUAUUCGAGGUGUCAACUUGGGCUGUCUCUUUGUGUUUGAGCCGUGGCUGGCUUCGGACGAAUGGGGGAGCAUGGGAUGUGGUCCUUACGUUUCAGAAUUUGACUGUGUCUCCGCGCUUGGACAGAGCCAAGCCAAUGUCAUCUUCCAGAAUCACUGGGAUUCGUGGAUUACCCAAGACGACAUCACUCAAAUUCAAAGUUUUGGCCUGAAUACCAUUCGUAUUCCCAUCGGUUACUGGAUUAUGGAAUCACUUGUUUAUGAUAGCGAAUACUUUCCACAGGGUGGCUUCCAAUAUCUACAGCGCCUUUGUGGUUGGGCGAGCGAUGUUGGAUUAUACAUCAUCAUCGACCUGCACGGGGCUCCAGGAGCACAAGUACCUACCAACCCAAAUACUGGACAAUAUGCGCCGUCUGCUGGAUUCUACAUUGACUGGCAGUUCGAUCGUGCUACUAAAUUCCUUUCAUGGCUUACAAAUAUUAUACAUACGCAAUAUUAUUUUAGAAACGUCGGGAUGAUUGGGGUUGUUAACGAACCUAUUCAAAAUCCCGAUGCUGUUCCUGGUUUGCUUUCCUCCUUUUAUCCCAAUGCCUAUACGGCUAUUAGAAAUGUAGAAUCGGCACUUGGUGUAGCUAGUUACAAUAGCCUUCACGUCCAGCCUAUGAACCAACUCUGGGGCUCUGGAAGCCCAAACCAAAAUAUGCCCAGUACGUACUUUAUGGCAUAUGACGAUCACCGGUAUGUCAAAUGGGAUCCAUCCGUUCCAGUUUCUCAUUCUGCCUAUAUUACCGACGCAUGUAACAACAACCGAAAUAGGUCAGUAAAAGUUAAUAUCCUUCCCUUUUACAACCUCACCGAUUCUAGUGAUAAUAACACACCAACCAUUGUCGGCGAAUUCAGCUUAAGUGUUCCCGACAACGUACAAUGGAGCCCUGACUGGCAUCCGAGCAAUAACCAAGGGUUUUACAGCCAGUGGUUCGCAGCACAAGUUUCGCGUUACGAGGCUGAUACUGAUGGAUGGAUUUUCUGGACGUGGAAAUCCCAACUUGGCGAUUAUCGCUGGUCCUAUCAAGAUGCUAUCGCUGCUGGUGUAAUACCCUCAGACAUAGGAAAUAUUAAUACCGGCGCGUGUAAUAGUUUUUAA